AUGGUUGCUAAUCUUUCAAAUGACCAUCAUGCAACAACCGCAUUACCCUCACCGACGUCGUAUGGUCGUCAUCGUGAUCUCGUGAUCAACCAUGAUCCGACAUCGGUCGUGGCCGUUGUCGAGGGCGUCACCCUGAUCGUCAUCUUCCUCGGGGCGUUGGUCGCCAAUGUGAUCGCAAUGACGGCGAUCCUUCGAGACAAGUUGCUGCGGAAGAACCUCCAUAACUGGUUGAUCCUCAACCUCAUCGUAAACGACCUCGGUAUAACGAUUACAAGUAUGUCUUUCUCCAUCGUAUCCGUCUUCGACCACGGUCAGUUUCUGGUCAACAAUGAUGUCAUCUGCUUGAUAAAUGGAACGGGGGCUGUAGGCUUCUCUCUCGGUAACUUCGCUACGAUCCUGGCCAUCUCUGUAGACCGCUACCUGACCGUUGUCUGGUCCACCCGCUUUCCUCCCACCAAGUCUAGGACCAUCGUCUUUAUCGUCCUCUGUUAUGUGAUUUCGUUUAUCAACGUCUUGCCACCUUUCUUCAAGUUCCUCUCCGACUUCAAGUAUCACCCGGACACACACCACUGUUCACCCGUCUGGGAGGCCUGUCUCUACUACAUCAUCUGCUUCGUCAUUGUCUUCUGUAUCACCGUACCCGUCAUGGUCUUAUGCUACACCGGUGUUGUCUUGACCUUGAGGCGACAGGAACUGCAGCUUCGGUCGUUCUCCAAGGACAACCGGACAGCUUCUCCUGAAGUUGUGACUACUAAACCCGGGGGAAGGAUGCAAAUAUCAGCUGACGUCACCAGUGACAGGUACACCCAGGCGGCAUCUUCAACAGACGCAGUGACCAAGUCCGCAGAGAGCUGCCAGACCGAGGACUAUUUUCCAUCGGUAGACGCAGACACAGAGGAACCUUCCAACGACGGCGCACUUGAGAUGCAGGACCAAAAGGACCAUGCAGACGAGAGGGCUCGGCGGAAGAGAAAAAUUAAGAAGAGAAAUGUUCGCGUGAUGCAAGGCAAUCUCAGUAUGGACAAGAGGGUUGCCCUGACAGGAAUCUUACUGGUCAUGACUACAGUGGUAUGCUGGGCGCCAUACUUUAUCGUCCACUCCUGCUUCAUACCCAUCGACUCCAAUCAUUGGAUGGGCGUGGUGACGAUGUGGCUGAGCUAUGCCAACUCCCUGCUCGACCCUCUGAUCUACUCGUUCAUGAACCGACGAGUCCGGGCCAGGUACCGAACCCUGUUUAGCUGGUGCCCAGGGAUCAAUUGGAAGUCUUUUCGAAAUCGACUCGUUAAAGCUCUUCGCAUCGUUACUGUUUUCAUGGAGAUAACAUCGACACAUGACGUCAUUGUUUUUAAACAUACAGUAAAAAAGCGGUUGACUUUAAUACAGAAUACCGCUGAUUUCUGGAUUCCAUUUAUCAUGAAUAUGAUCAUCGAUCUUAAACAGUCACUCUCAGCUUUGAGGUCUACGACGCGGUUCGUGUAACCAGCGGGUUCUCGAUACUCUUGUAAAUGUACAAAUUUCAUUAUUUUUUUUUACGAAUACAUGGACUCAAAGAGAGACGAAGCCGGCAAUAAGCGGGGGUGGAAUUCCAUUAUACUAAUCUGCUAAAUGAAAAAAUCGACCUAUUAAUUGCCAUUCGCCUUUUCGGGAGGUAUUUCAUGUAAGGCCCAUCAGGAGAAAUACUGAUGGUAUGUACCAAGAGUCAUUAAUUAUUUUGUUUAAAUAAUAUUUCUUCCGGGAAAAAACUGAUUAUCUUACAAUGGUUUUCCCCCUCCUUCUCUCUCUUAAAGUUCAUAUUUAACAGGUAGACUAAUUGA